GUAACGCUGGCCGAAUAACUGUUCACCAGUGUAAGCCCCGCAAUUUCGCAGCCAAGAUGCUGAAGCGCGACCUGCAGAAGAUUACCCUAAAGCUGUCCGACCUGAAGGACUACGAGGUGGCUCGGCAGAAGCGCAAGCAGAAGGCCUUCCCGCGACCCAGGAUGUCCCAGGAUGAGCUGGCCGGCGAAGAACCCUCCACGUCGGCAGCCGCCGCCGCCAGUUGCAGUUCCAACACGGCCACCGCAACGGAGACUGCAUCCGAUUCAGGAUCGGUUUCGGGUUCCGGAUCUGGGUCCGGGUCCGGGUCUAGCUCGUACAUGACGGGAAUGGGCUACCGGUCGGAGACGCCCUCCUCCGCCUCGUACACAACCUCGACGACACCGACCCUGGCCACCCUGGAGGAGGUGCUGCGGCCCUCGUCCGCCGUGACUGCCACCACGACCACGGGCACCACCACCUCCGGCUCCACGGACGACGUGAGCGUGGCCGCCGUGGUGGACGACACGGACACCAUCGACGAGAUCAGCGACGACAACUGGGUGGACCUGAAUGCGGACACCAACAGCACGGCCGACACAGCUGGCACCCACGAGGGGGAGGAGGAGGAGGAAGAGGACGGCGCCAGGGGAGGCUUCUAGGCACCAUGUGGAGCCCCUCCACGGUUGCCCCUGCAGACUGCAGCCAUAAUCACACAUUGUGCACGUAACCAAGUAAAUCAACCUGUUCGCAUGAUUCACGUGCUCUUAUUCUUCGUUAGAUUCAAUUAUAAUUGGGUUUAAUCCUUGAAAUUAUUAA